UUAGAAAAGCUUAAAAAAUGGACAACUCAAUUUACCAAAUUAUAUAAAAACAUCUCCAUCUCCUUUUUAACUCAAAUCUCCCAAAAAGCAUACUAUAAACAAAGAGAAGAACCCAACUAUACUUUCUCUCCCUCUCACUACUGAUUCUCCCUUUUCUUACCUUUCUUUCUCAUCUGUUACUGUCAAAGUUCUUACCUUUCUGCUCAUAUUUUGUAAUUUUUUAGAAUUUAAUUUCUGAUUUUUGGAAAUUAUUUUAUGUGGGUCCUUUUGUUUUCAUUUGUUGCUUUCAAAAUUCCCAUUUCUUUGCUAAAAUUUGCAAAAUUUUACUAAUUAUUUUAUUUUGGGGCUAAAAUUUCAUGUGGCUUUAUAGAGAAAACAGUUUUUACACAUUUCCCACCUUUCUUUCUCAUCUAUUCUAUUACUUCCCAAAAUUCUAAUUUUUUUUGCUUUAAUUAGUGAUUUUUCUACUAAAAUUUAAAUUUUGGAGCUGAAAUUUCAUGUGGGUUUAGAGAAAAAACAGUUUUUGCCCAUUCCCACCUUUUUCUCUUAUCUUUAACUUUCAAAGUUUCUAUCUUUCUACUAAAAUUUUAAUUUUGAGCGAAAAUUUCAUGUGGGCAUUUUAAAAUUUUUGGAAAGAAAGGAAGAAAUGUAUCCAAGAUUUAUUCAGCCUCAUCAUCAUAAUCAGCAGCACCAACAACUCCAUGAAUCUAUAGGUGUAAUAGUGGGUCCCAUUGAUGAUAUUCAUCAAGUGGGUCCCACUUCUACCACUUCUGCUGGUGACCCUAGACUUGUGUUGACUUCUGAUCCAAAGCCUCGUCUCCGGUGGACUGCUGACCUCCAUGAACGUUUUGUUGAUGCUGUUACUCAGCUUGGAGGACCCCACAAAGCUACACCGAAGGCUAUAAUGCGGACGAUGGGUGUAAAGGGAUUGACUCUUUUCCACUUGAAAAGUCAUCUUCAGAAAUACAGAUUAGGUAAGCAAUCAGGGAAGGAUAUGGGUGAGGCUCCAAAAGAUGGGAUCUCAGCUUCAUACCAUCUCGAGAGCCCUCGCACAAGUAAUUCUUCGUCAAGCUUGCCAACAUCUGAUAUGGAUGAGGGUUUUAAGGUUAAGGAGGCAUUAAGAACACAAAUGGAGGUCCAAACUAAACUACAUUUGCAGGUUGAGGCUGAGAAGCACUUACAAAUGCGCCAAGAUGCAGAGCGAAGAUAUAUGGCGAUGCUUGAGAGAGCUUGUAAGAUCCUUGCCGACCAAUUAAUGGGGGUUGCGAUUACAGAAAAUCACGCACAACCGACACUCCAAGAGUGAUUAUCUAGCUGAAGCACAAGGGCAAUAUUGGGCUUGGAUCAGCGAGCAUUUUGGAUUUUGUUCGGAAGGACAAGCUUGCUAUGAUUAUAAUGAUGUCUUCAUCUAGUCAAGCAAAUGAAGUAGGAGUCGGAGUCGGAGUUAUACUCAUUAAUCUUGGGCAAAGUGCUUAAGUGAUGCUAAUUUGUAUAUUUUCUACAAUUAACUUAUUGUAUGACAUAUUUCUAUCCUGAAGAACAUAUAAUUUGUAGGGCGUAUUUAAAAAUAUUGCUUGUAAAAUCAUUUAUUAAUUUUUCUGAAUUCUAGCAUGGACGUGAUCCUAUUUAAGUCUAAUGUAUUCAUUCCUCCUAA